ACAAGCGGUCCGCACCGUCGGGGGCUGAUCAGGUGCAUCUGAAGAAACCAGCGCCAAGUAUCUUGCAGGUUGAAACCAGGCGACUGGGUCCUGAUCCGAGUUCUCCACAGAAAGAAUUGGAGCUCGCCCCGUUGGGAAGGACCCUACCAAGUGCUCGUCACCACGCCAACCGCCUGUAAGAUAGCAGAAAGACCAUCUUGGAUUCACCAAAGUCACUGCAAGAAAGUGAGUGACAGCCCAGACUCCUAGGCGCCGGCACCCCUACCCUCAGGUGAUCUGACUGGUGAAGGGAGGGCUGAUCGGGUAUAUCCCGCCCUCUGCUUCUUGCCAGUAGUCUACUCACCUGAGGACCUAGGUGUGUUUUGUCGCCAUGAAGACUCCUGUUGUCCUCGUGGCUGUCCUCCUACUCUCAGCAGGGCUCCUCAUGUUUCUAGAGGAUGGUACAGAAAACGAACAGCACCAUCUACGGACGAGAUGGACGCAUGACAAUUCACACCUCCGUGACAUGACACAAGACCACAUUCACCCAUGGAUGAAUAACGCAUGGUACUGCUACGUACAUGACGGAACUAAGGGAGAGCCUAAUAACACUGCAUGUUACGUCUGCUCCCACAUGCCAUGCACUUCAACACAUCCCACUUUUUAUGGAAACUACAUGAAUAGAACACAAGCCAAAUGCGCUGCCAGCUUCGCGGGCAUUGGCUAUCAACACAAGAAAAUCAUCAUUGAUGAGACAAGCUCUGUCAUCUAUGCGCUUAACCUUCUUAGUAUCUUUCAGGGACCACCCCGACACGAGGUAAUCACCGUCGAAAACGCUGGACUCGACAACGGAACGUGUGACCGGCUCUUCUGGAUCAACUUCAACGUGACGAAUCGGAACACGUCCGUUCACUUCCCAGUGUUCUUGGACCAAACCCCAGGGAAGAACCACUCCAUGUGCUACCGACAAGACAACGGUAACAGACCCCUAGGCAACACCACCAACUGUAACCAAACCGCAACCAACGGAGAGGGCGCACCUGUAAACACGUCCGCGCCCAGCAACGACACCUACUGGGUGCAGGGAAUGGCCUGGCUGUGUGGACAACGUGCCUACUUCAUACUGCCACCCGGAUGGACGGGCACCUGUGCCCCAAUCUUCAUUUCAGACCACAGCUUCAAGAUGUCAGCUGUAAAUAGCUCUCAGACUACAAGACGACGACGAGACAUCUCCGCAGUGCAACCACAUGACCCCAUCUAUGGCAGUGAUGUGCCAGAGGAAUUUAAGCUUUGGACCACCGGACAAAAGGUCCUCCACUCACUGUUUCCAUGGGUGGGCACCGGAAAGAACAUGUUAAGGAUUGAAACUUUGGAUUACCCCUUCUAUUUGGGAGAUUUCCUCCAACAACAGACCACGUGA